AUCCGUUCACCUCCAUUCACAGUAAAUAGAAGCAUGGAGGCUUGACUCUCGGGAUCUAACGUCGAACAGCGGGGGGUAAAGACGCUGCCGCAUGCGCUGUUGGUUAAACUCUGCCACUGGGAGAAAACAGGAGCGCAAUAAGCGCAUUGUCAUUUAUAAUUAAGUCCUUUUAGGGAAAACGAGGAGUGUAUUCGGGGAGCGGAGCGGAGCAUGAAGCGGAUGGCCGUGGUGGCCAGGCACAAUGGCCUCGUCUCUCCUUUGGGGAACAACAACUCCGGGGCUUCGAGCAUCGUCUCCCCACCCCAAGCGAAAGCCACGAAUGUCUCCGCCUGCGCUGACACUCCAGCCGGGGGUGGGAUGGACGGCCUGCUGGAUUUCUCCAAAGGCCCCACCGUGAAAACCGAGCUGGUCUGCAAAUGGAUUGACCGAACUUCUUCGAAGCAGCGGCUCGGGCGGACAGCGACAUCCGUCUGCGAGCAAACUUUCAGCUCCAUGCCCGAGCUCGUGGACCACGUCACCAGCGAGCACGUAGCCGCGGGGCUGGAGAGCCUCAGUCAUGUCUGCAUGUGGGACGAGUGUCUGCGCGGCGGGAAGGCGUUCAAAGCCAAAUACAAACUCAUCAACCACAUCCGCGUGCACACCGGGGAGAAGCCCUUCUCGUGCGCAUUCCCCAACUGCGGCAAGAUGUUCGCACGCUCCGAGAACCUCAAGAUCCACACGCGCACGCACACGGGUGAGAAGCCAUUCCAGUGUGAGUUUUGUGAGCGGCGCUUUGCUAACAGCAGUGACAGGAAGAAGCACUCCCAGGUCCACACAGCUUCAAAGCCCUAUGACUGCAAGGCUCUGGGCUGCACCAAGUCUUACACCCACCCCAGCUCCCUACGCAAACACAUGAAGAUCCACGUCAAGUUGUCACCUACCUCUGAUCACCAGGACUUGUACAACUUUGGCCAUCAUCAACUCCAGCAGCCCAUCCUCGAGCCCCUUGAUCUUAAAAUGAACCACUUCUCCUCAUCGCUUGAUAACAAAAGUGCUCAUUUCCCGCUGUUGGCCUCUCAUGAAUUAGAUCUCAACUCCGGCAACGAAGUAAGUAGUAAGGUGUUGCUGCGUAGUUCGUCUCCAGCGGCAAUGCCUCUGGAUCUCUCCGUGUCGAGCCUGAAGAGUCAACUAAGCCAGAAGCAGCAGAGUUCCAGGAUCCCCAGGCGGAGCCAGCGCUCAGUGAACCCGGCCUUAACCCAGCUGUCAAACAUUAAAGAGUGGUACGUUUGUACCAGGACUACAGCGCCACACUUCCCCCUGCUUCAUCCAGACCACAUCAAAACAGAACGCAGCGAUGAGGACGAGUAUGUCACGUAGGGUGGAGGACCUGGUUGUUUUAGACAGAUAAUACCGACAGAACAAGCAGUUGUAUGCUUCAGCAUUAAUGGCUCCUGGCGAAGGCUUUGUCCAAACAUCAAGACAGUUAUUGUUUCACUAAAUGACUCAUUUCGGAGAUGUGGUGACACAUGCAGUGUCUAAAGCAGUGGUAGAAAGGUCCUCAUUUGAUUCUGAAACACACUUUUACAACUAACACAGUCACGUUAAAUCAAGGAUGUUGGAGCUGUGUGGCUUCCUAGAACUAUCUGAACAGGGUGUUGGAACUUCCUAACCAGUCUAAGGGCUGACACAUGUGAAGCAAAUACAAGGGCUAAGGCAAGAGUGAUGAAAAAGGCCAACAGGCAGCUCAACAUGUCCAACAGCAGGCUCAUAGGGACCAGGGCUGGCAGACCCGGGAAGGUUUCAGUGUGCUUUAAACAGUCCUGUGCCGGUUUUGUUUUUGUUUGUUUGUUUUGUGCAAAAAGUCUUGGGAAAACAGCCGAACUUGCUGCCAGUUUGAAUUUCUUCAACAUAUUAGAAGAUUUGACCAGCACUUUGUUCGAAGCAGGCUGAGGCCUUUGGUAUGAAAGAAUGAGUGGAAACCUGGUCAAAGUGUUAAUGUGAUCGCUCAUAUAUGGUGGCAAGUGGUUUGGGUGCAGUUUGCUAAGUCGUUAAUGUGGUAUUUAAGCACCUUCUUAAAGGGUAGCCUGGAUUUUUCAUUAAUAGUUCCCUUUAGAAAGAUGUCAUAUCUCCACGAGCUUGUUGGGAAGUAAGUACAUCCUCAUAGUGGUGAAAACCAAGAAGCUGUUUGAAUAUACCUGCAUCAGUCUGCCUCACCAGCCGACUUGGUGGAUCGGCUGAUUGUGAGCUCAUCGUUUUCAAACUGUGAGACCUGGAAAGCAUAAGAACACACCAUAUUUGAUGGAAUCCAAAGCCUUUAUUCAGCUCUUUAUUCAGAGCUGGAACAAAGAGACGAGUCACAGCGAAUCAGGUGGAUUGAAUCUGCUGACAGCCGAGGUAACUCCACAUACAGACGCAGAUGCUGUUCAGAUGCUGAUAUCCACUAACAUGGUGCUAUGUCCCACUGAUUAGCCCACAUUUUCACUUUGAAUUGCUGAAGUCAGCUAACUAGCUGUUAGCCUUUCGCCUCUCGCAGGAUGUAUUUGCAGCAAACCCAUGAAGAUACGACGUUUAUAAAGAUAAACAGAACUAUUACUGACAAUAUCUCACUAGACUUCACUCGCUGGGGAAGUUGUGGUUU